CUGCACGUGCUGUGGCAGCGGGACUCGCCGGCCGGCAAGAUCCCCGCGCGCCGCCUGCGCCGCACCGCGCGCCUGCACUGCAAGCUGGGGCCCACGGGCAAGGAGAUCCACGCUCUGAAAAGGCUGAGAGAAUCUGCCAAUGCUAAUGACCUAGACACAGUGCAGCAACUCUUGGAGGAUGGGGUUGACCCCUGCGCUGCGGAUGACAAAGGCCGUACAGCCCUGCACUUUGCCUCCUGCAAUGGCAACGACCGCAUUGUGCAGUUGCUUCUGGACCAUGGGGCAGACCCAAAUCAGAGAGAUGGGCUGGGGAAUACUCCAUUACACUUGGCUGCCUGCACAAAUCAUGUUCCUGUCAUCACCACGCUGCUCCGCGGAGGGGCCAGAGUAGAUGCCCUAGACCGAGCUGGGAGGACACCUCUGCACCUGGCCAAAUCCAAGCUGAACAUCCUGCAGGAAGGGCUCUCUCAGAGCCUAGAGGCUGUGCGCCUUGAAGUGAAACAGAUCAUCCAAAUGUUGCGGGAGUACCUAGAGCGUUUGGGGCGCCAUGAGCAGCGAGAGCAGCUGGAUGACCUCUGCUCCAAGUUACAGAUGACCAGCACUAAGGAGCAGGUGGACGAGGUCACAGACCUCCUGGCUAGCUUCACCUCACUCAGCCUGCAGAUGCAGAAUAUGGAGAAGAGGUAACAGGCUUCCAGACCAUUCCCCUGGCUGAAAGGAAGAGCCCAGGGGAGAAGGGCAGCUGCAGCUUGGCUCAUUGUCAAAUGUUGCUGCCACUGCCAGAUAUCCUGUUCUGCUGGACCUGCACCCCACAAGGCUCUCAGCUCUCAGAUUGUUGUCUUGGGUGCAACCUCUGCCACUUUGUCAUGAGGGGCCAGGAGGACAACUGAAUGCAGCAGCUGCUGAUUUGUUUAAAACAAAAGACCCUUUUUCCUUGUGGUCCUCCUCUCAAAUGGAUGGUUUACUGUAUGGGCUGGCCUCAGUAGAAUGUGUUCCUGAAAGCCUCCUGUGUCCAGCAUGGUUGACAGUCACAAGAGUCUCCCAUGUUGUCAUCAACCCCAGUCAGGUGCUGUUAUGCAGUAACAAGCAUGUACACAGGCUUUCAUGUACAGACCUACUAUCAGGCACAUUUCAACAUUGUCACAGUGCUGCCAUGCAUGGAUUUAGGUGACAUGUUAAAAUGAUGAGAGGCUCUGUACUGCAUCACAUCACUUCCACUUGCUGCAUGUCCUUUAAGCUGACCCCUUCAGGAGAUGGGAGUUUUGCCAGAACUCACUGAGCAUCACUUAGUGGAACCAGGAGAGUCAGAGACUGAGCCCUUCAUCCCAAAUUCCCCCAAAGGGCCUGCUGUCAGAGUGGGACACAAAGCUUUUCAUCACUAGGUUACAGUUUCAGGUCUGACUUCGGAUUCAAGUAAUCAUUUAAAAGUUUGUGCACAGAUAUUUUAAUGAAACCCUUGUUAAAAAUAGAUAGGAAAAGUUCCUAGAUGAUGGCUGCAUGAUCCUAAGCUUGGGUCCUUUGGGUGAUAUGGUUUGAGGCAGACACAUACCCACAUUCCACCAUUGUGACUUUGAUUUUUUUCCCCUUCCCCUGGCAUUCCCAGCCGAAAGGUCACAUACCAAAUGGGCAAUGGGAAACCAUUGUUUUACUUUGCAACCUGGCUGACCUGAGCCACAUUGUUGAACUGGAAUGGGAGCCAAUUUAUGUUGUUGCUGCUGCCUUUGUAUCACUAAAUCCUGGAUCUGAAACAGAAGCAACAUUCUCCUUUUCUAUGAGAGACAGUCAAGAUAGUCUCAGAGAGAAAGGGGCAGGAAUCUUGAACAAGCUCAGCAGUCUGGUUGAGUUUGACACCUCUCUUGUAAAGGGCGCAGGGAGCUGCCUCAUAAUGGUGUUUUCUUUCUUCUGCCCAUUCAUGACCCUUAAGACCCAGACAGAUCCCAAUUAGCCUAUGGAUUCUUAGGAGCAGUUAGUACAGUCCCCAAAUCAUGAACAUUCCAAGGAUAUUCUUUUUAGAUACUGAGGACAAUCAGGUCACAGGCUUUUUAAUACCAGAUGUAUCCCUUGUCUGAGAUGAGACUGACUAUACCCAUCUAUCUCGUGUCUGGAUUUCACAAUGACACAUGCUGCUUCAUAGGAUAGUUAGUCCUCUGGGCAGGGGGAGGUUGGACUGACUGCAUUCUGAUUUUGCUGGAGUUGUCACUGUGAAUAUAAAGACUGUUCCAACAUGCUGGAUACAGAGAAAGGGGGUAGGAGACAAUCUGAACUUACACAUUUUGAAUUUCAAUAAAAUAUUGCCACCUUUU